GAGAGAGAGAGAGAGAGAGAGAAAGAGAGAAGACAAACUAAUCAAAAGGAACGUUUUGUAUCGUCGCGUCGGCCGCAUCUGAGAGGGGGUGGGUGGGGGGGGAGGGGGGCUUUUAAAUAGCCCCAUUUGAUAUAUGUGCCGAUACGUGAGCACGUCCGUCCGUCGUGCGGUGCUUCUCGCGCAUGGGUGAUAUGUUAUUGGAGAUGGAGCAACAUUCGGGCCUGAUAUCCCUGAGCAUGUCGCCGUUCCACCUGAGUCCGCAAGGCAGCCCGCAAGCCGCCGGGCAGCAGCCUCCGCAGCAACAGUCGCAGCCGCAUUAUGGCUCGUCGGUUUAUAGCAGUUGCGCGCAGAGCUCGCCAUCGCCCAUGUGCCAUCAGCCGCAGUCUCAAUCGCAGCAGCAACAACAACAGCAACAAAUGUCGAUUCACAAUCAGGCGGGACAGUCGCAGGGUAUGUCCAGUUUCGAGGCCGCCUUCUUCGACUCCGCCCCACUCGAGGAUCUUCGGUGCCCCAUGUGCGGUCACAAGAACAUAUCCAACUAUCAACUUGGUCUGCAAGGUCUGCUCACGUGUGAGAACUGUAAGAAUUUCUUCAAGCGCAACGGUUCACCAUGCAGCAACAAAAAGGUCUAUACGUGUCUUUUUCCUCAAACGGGGAGUAACGGCGGUGGCGGUGGUGGCAACGGCGGCGGUGGCAGUAAUAGUGGUAAUAACGGGGGUAGUGGCGGCGGCGGUGGCGGCGGAGGAGGAGGAGGAGGUAGUUACACCAGCAGCAGCGGUGGCGGCGGCAACGGCGGCGGUGGCAACGGCGGUGGUACUGCCGGAGGUGGUGGUCCAGGCGCGGCUAACGCCACGGUCAGCGGUGGAGGACCGGCCACCGCCACGGGAAGUGGCAACGUCGCCGCCGGUGCGGUUCCGACCGGCGGCGGUACUUUGUGCCAUCCUGGCCUGGGCCAGGUCGGCAUCGUCACCGGCUCGAUACCUUGCCCGUCCGAUUUCCCGGAUACUAAGGAUAUCAUCAUCGAGGAGCUGUGUCCCGUGUGCGGCGACAAGGUGUCCGGUUAUCAUUACGGUUUACUCACCUGUGAGUCCUGUAAAGGAUUCUUCAAGCGCACCGUCCAGAAUAAGAAGGUCUACACGUGCGUCGCUGAGAGGUCCUGUCAUAUCGACAAGACGCAGCGGAAACGGUGUCCCUACUGCCGCUUUCAGAAGUGCCUCGAAGUCGGCAUGAAGCUCGAAGCUGUACGGGCGGACAGAAUGCGAGGCGGUAGAAACAAAUUCGGGCCCAUGUACAAGAGGGAUAGGGCGCGGAAGCUGCAACUUAUACGUCAACGGCAACUGGCGAUCCAGACGAUACGCGGCAGCCUCGGCGACCCGAACAGCUAUUCGACCGCGGUCGCGCCCUUGAUGCACAUCAAGCAGGAGAUCCAAAUACCUCAGGUCUCGAGUCUGACCUCGUCACCGGACUCGAGUCCGUCCCCCGCGACCGUGGCCGCGGGCCUGGUCACGACGCAAGCCGGCGGCAGUGGCAGCGGGGCUGGCCAUCACUUGCACAAUCUCAACCCCGGUCUGGACAGCAGACUCUGGGCCGCCAACUCAACUACCCCCGGCACGAAGGUCUUUAACUUCGGCGAGCAAUCCGUGCAGCCACACGGCGGUGGGAUGCCGAGCUACGCGUCCAACCCCGUUGUCGCUCUUAAGACACUUAGUCCGAUGAUAAGGGAGUUUCUGUCGUCGAUCGACGACCGCGAGUGGCAAACGUCUCUCUUCGGACUGUUGCAAAGCCAAACGUAUAAUCAGUGUGAAGUGGACUUGUUUGAAUUAAUGUGCAAAGUGCUCGAUCAAAAUUUGUUUUCGCAGGUAGACUGGGCUAGAAAUUCGACGUUCUUCAAAGAUCUCAAGGUUGACGAUCAAAUGAAGUUGCUACAACACUCUUGGUCGGAUAUGUUGGUGCUAGAUCACCUUCAUCACAGGUUACACAAUAAUCUACCCGACGAGACGACACUUCACAAUGGCCAAAAGUUUGAUCUUCUCUGUCUCGGCCUACUCGGAGUUCCUUCCUUGGCCGAAACCUUCAGGGAACUAUCCAAGACACUUCAAGAACUAAAAUUCGACGUUCCCGAAUAUAUAUGCAUGAAAUUCCUAAUGCUGCUGAAUCACGAUGUCCGUGGACUAGUGAAUAAGAAACAUGUGCAAGAAGGUCACGAGCAGGUUCAACAGGCGCUUAUGGAAUACACGUUAAGCCAUCACCCAUCUGUACUGGAUAAAUUUAAUAAGCUGUUAGCAGUAUUACCAGAUAUUCACGAAGUGGCAACCAAGGGAGAAGAGCAUCUUUAUCAGAAACAUUGUAAUGGAGGCGCACCAACGCAAACGCUUCUCAUGGAGAUGCUUCACGCCAAGAGAAAAUGAAACGAUCAGUUUUACUUGGUAAUCUUUGCCAUCGAAUAAGAAAAAAGCCCGUUAAUAUAUACAUACAUAAUACAUCAUAUGUAUAUAUAUAUGUAUGUAUAUAUAUAUGUGCGUGUAUGUAUGUAUAUGUGUAUGUAUGUAUAUGUGUAUCUCGAAAGUCCUGUUAAUGCCCCUAAUCGUGAGACAGAGUGGACCUCAAAGUACCUAUUAAGAGCUAAAUGCUGCUAAGGUAUCGGACCAAGUAAAGGGGCCCUGGUUCAUGAAAUACCUGUGCAUACAAAUCAAGUAUAGACGUACAUUAUUUUACACACACAUACACACACACAAACACAUACAUAGAAUAUAUGUAUUAUAAAGUGUAUCUAAAUAUAUAAACACAAUGACAUAUAUUUUCUAUAUUUGAUGUUGAAGUUUUAGAGAUGUAUCCGUGGGGAAAAUUACCCCUAAUUAAUGGGUAUAAGCGCAGGGAAACAGUAAGCAAGAUGCCUUGAAAACAGUACAAAGGGUGGUUAACAAAAAAUAUUGGUCGAAGGGCAGGCAACUUUUGUCUAAAUAAGUAAAGCUAUUUUUCUAAUACUUAGAGGCGAAUUUAUUUUUAAGCAUACCACACUGAAGCCUUGCUCUCACUCGAAUGAAAUAUAUCGUACUGCUAAAAGAGAAUCAAAUUCUCUCUCCAGAUCAAUCGUGCUUCUGCAAGGGAUUCAAUGGGCAUACUUGAAUGACAAUGAACUUGCAUGUGAUAUACAUAUAUGUUUGUCGCACGGCCACCUGGGCAUCCUUAGAAUUUCCUAUAAAGAAAAAAAUAUGCAUUUUUGUCACACUUGCACUCAGCGGGGCUACUAUAUUGUAAAUACUAGUUAACAUUCCAAUUUAUGUUGUAAAGUACAGAUCAUGUUAAAUAUGUAAUUACAAUAUUUUGUGUAUAGUUGAAUAAUGAAAUGAAUAAAUAUAUUUCUGUUGC